AUGACGGCAACUAUAGUCAGAGAAAAAAUAAUAAAUAAUGUAACAAUAGAGAUAGCCCAAGCUCAAAUUUUGAUUCAAUUCGAAGUUGAAGACAUUCCUUUAGAUAUAUCAUCGUUAUUAGCUGAGCAGGUUAAGGUUAAACUUCAACUUAAAGCUGCUAGGGCCAAUAAGCAUGCAAAGCAUGCAAAUUAUGAAAAUCUGGAUGACCAUAUUUGGUCAGAUAAUAAUAUUGAUGAAAGGUCUUCCGAUUAUUUUGCUGUUUUAUUGACAGCAGGUAAAAAUAUAAAUGAUUGGAAACCUUCGGGUAGAACAAUAUAUGUUGGAGGUUCUAAAAGAACUCAAAGACGCAAAAAAGCGGAACUAAAGAAGGCUGCACAAAAUACUCGACCUAUUACUGCAUACUUACCCCCUGCCUUAACAUCUUCUAACGUUGCCUCGGCUUCGACUUCUACUUUUGGAUUGUCAACAGAAUUAUGUGUGCCAACUGAAGUAGAAUCAAUAGGAAGUGAAUCAAUGGAGGUGAAAUCAAUUGAGGUGGAAUUGGUAGAAUCAAUGGAGGUGGAAUUAGUGGAAUCAAUGGAGGCGGAAUUGGUGGAAUCAAUGGAGACGGAAUUAGUGGAAUCAUUGGAGGCGGAAUUGGUGGAAUCAAUGGAGGUAGAAUUGGUGGAACCAACAGCAGAUGCAUCAGCUGAAAUUGAUGAGAAAACAACAAUGAGGUUAGCAAUUGAGGAGCUAGAUGGGUUAUUAAAAAAAAAUGACAAUCAAAUAGAUAAAG